UCAGCGCACUGAAUAAGCAGUCAUUCCAGGAGUCACAUUGUUAUCCAUCACAUCUAUUUUUUCCAGGACAAGUAGAUGUGAGCAGUGUGCACAUAUUGACAGAUGAGAAUAUUUGGAACAAAAAACCUUGUGAGACAAGCUGAUUGAUUUUUCAGGGUGGAUAUCAGUUUGUUUGGCAAACGGUCCGCUGGAGAAACAAGUGUUGCCAUGGAAACUAUUUUGCUCUUCCUCUCUUCGCUUCUGGUGUGUGUGGCUGCUGUGGCAGACCCCAGUGCACAGGAUGGCAAAGAGACAGAUGAGAGCCCAUUUGUUUAUGACUACGAGAGCCUGAGGAUUGGAGGAUUGGCAUUUGCCGUGGUGCUGUUCACACUGGGCAUUCUUCUCAUCCUUAGUCGAAGAUGCCGCUGCAGUAUCAACCAGAAGCCCAGGGCCCCCGGAGACGAGGAGGCACAAGAAGAGAACCUGAUUGUCUCCAUUGACAAUCUCAACUGCCACAGCUCUCUGACUGAGCACAGCAAUGGUUUGCAGAGGGGUGGAUCUCUGAGGCGGGAGUUUGGUCUGCUGCACCCACCCCUGGCACACACACACGCACACACUGAGACACCUGGAGAGAGGUACUACAGAGCCUUCAGCAGCUCAGUUUUGUCGACUGAACACACAAACAGACGAGGCAUCAUGUCAUCUAAAGGUACAGACAUCGACUAUGAUGCAGACUUUGUAUACGACUACCAUACACUACGUGUUGGAGGUCUGGUCUUCGCUGGGAUCAUUGUGUUCCUUUCCAUCAUCCUGUUGGCAGGCAACAAGCUCACCAACUGUGGCAAAUCCAAGCCAAGACAUACUGAAGAGGCCUAAAGUGAACAGAAGCAGCCUGGAGCCGAGGAGAGUGCUACAAUGUGCUACAGUGUUAUGUGUGUAAGAAUAUGAGGCUUUUGUACUAAUAAAGUGAGCGUAACCAUG